CAGCCAGCACGUGUGAACAACAAAAAUGACUGAUUUUGACAAAUAUUUGGAAGAAGCAGUCACCAAGGACCUGCCCAGCUCCGAGGACGAAGCAGACAUCAAAGACGAGGACACCUGUAGCGUUCAAGAGCUUGCCGCCAAAUUCCGGCUGCAGUACAGGCCGCAAGAUGAAUCGGUGGUUUCGCUGAAGCGGGACUAUGUACUGAGUCUAGGUGCAGACCACAGAUUCACCCGGAUAGCUGCCGGUCUGUCCAGCACAGCCGUUCACAUCUACGAUCUGGAGACGGCCGGAGGACUGAAAACCUUGCAAGAUGUACCCGCCAAAGAAAAUACCGAAACGAGCGCUACCAUCUGUGGAGUGCAGUUUCUCGAUGAGGGCUCCGAUGCCCUACUUGUGGGCACCACUGAUGGAAUGGUGCGUCUCUUUGACCUACGCACCUCAGGCGAGCAGGCCAGAUUCGAGUACAAAAGCGAUCCAGAGGCACAAUUCCCACAGGUGCCCAAAUCCCUAACAUGCUUUGAUCGGAAUGCCAAUAGCAGAAUUAUUUGCUGCGGCACGGAGCAAUACAUCGGCAGUGUCCAUCUACUGUUCUUCGAUGUGAGAGAGCGCAAGCAACUGGGUGGCUUCUACGAGAGCCACCAAGAUGAUGUGACCUCAGUGCGCUUCCACGAUCGAAAUCCAGAUAUGCUCUGCACCGGAGGCACCGAUGGCCUCAUCAAUUUGUUUGACAUCAAACAGACCGACGAGGACGAGGCCCUGCAGAACACCAUCAACACGGAGAGUAGUGUGCACCGACUGAACUGGCAUCGUAACGUCUACGACAAGGACAUCAUCUCGUGUAUUACCCAUACCAAUGAUUUUAAGAGCUACGAGUGCGAGGAGGGCGACGAGGUGGCUUCGUUUGAACGGUCCGAUAUCACUGAGGCUAUUCGACGCAAGAAUGCGGGUAAUUUCAACCUGGUAAAUGCCCAUAAUCUGGAGGACAAUGGCGUGUUCCUUUUGGCAGGCACUAACUACAAUCGCGGAGAGAUCCUGCGCUCUGUGAGCGUCCUAUCCAAAGAAAAGCUCGAACCAUUGGCCAAUUUCGCAGGUAAUAAGCAAAUCGUUCGGGACAGUCUAUUCGAUGCCAAGCGCCAGCUGCUGGUGACGGGCGGCGAGAGCGGCAUUGUUAGCGUUUGGACGCAGGAUGCCACUGGAAACGUGAGCAACAGUGGCAAGCUGAAAACCAAGAUAAAAUCCCACAAAAAGACGCCGUAUUAAAUAUACCAGUACACAUUA